GAAGAAUUAAUGGCGAUAAGACUUAAUUAUACUUUCUGAUAUCAUGAUAGUAUUUACAUACUUUUAUGUUUUGUAUCUUAAGUGACUUUAAUUUGCGCACGCGUCGCGUAUGCGAGGAUAUUUUAAAUUUUAAAUCUUUCACUGAGUGCAAGAAUUGGAAAUUAGUUGAUAUUAUUAGAUGAUAUUGUUUAUUCUUUUUAUUUACAAUUUCGAUAUUAAAAUGAAGCACAUUUUAAUUUAAUUAGAUACCUUUCUAAUACAUUCCAAUUUUUAGUAACACAAAAAGGUAUUUUCGCUAUUGAAAUUUCCUCGUGUAAUGUAAACAGAAAACCGAGUUCGAAAAAUUUUAACAAUAAUACUACUAUUAUAUUGUAGAGACUAAUAAAGUAAAAAUAAAAUGGAAAAUGUAAAUAAAAAAGUAUAAGUGUUAAUACCUUCCGCUUGAACAGAAACUUAGGUUAGAUGUAUUGGUGCAACAUGUCGAAGCAACAAAUCUAAAGUUAGAUAUUAAUCCAUUAAUUUGAAAUCAGUUAUAACGAUAGUUGAUCGUAGAAUAUUUUAUUUAGUUGAAGGAACCUUUGGUUGAACUUAAAUCAUAUUCCCGCGUAUCGACAUGACGCAGAGUAUUGUAAUUCUUUCUGUGAUUCCUAGGUUAUCUUACCAUUUUCGAAUUCAAUUUCCAAACUUAACAAUAUUUGACGUUUUGCCAAAUAAAUUUGAUACACUGUCAAAAUUACAAAGUGCAGAUACAGUUGUAGCUGAUUGUGAUUUGUUUUUACCAUAUACAGAUAAGUUACCAUCUGUAAAAUAGUCACAAAUAACAUGGGCUGGUAUCAAAUGACUAGCUUCAAAUCUGAGAGAUAAAAAGAAAAAUUUUGCAGUUGCACGUUUCUCAGACAAAAGUCUAGCUUCAGUUGUGUGCGAGUAUGUAAUUGCACAUAUUUUUAUUUUUGAAUGUAAUCAGAGACAGCAAUAUCAAAAUCAAAAAGAUAAAGAAUGGAUAACAGAUGGGAAAAUUUCUGUUCAAAGACUUAUUUGUGAUUUGUGGAGUAUUCUAUGUUUAGGAAAUAUUGGGAAGACAAUUGCAGAAAAAUUAAAAAUGUUUGGAGCCACCAUAUGGGAAGUGAUGAGAAUACCACUUAAAGAAAACUUAAAUUAUCUUGAUGAACAUAGAACAAUUGCACAUUUGUCUGAAAUGCUAACAAAUUAUGAUUAUAUUAUUGAUGUUUUACCAUCUACAUCUAGUACUCUAGGUUUGUUGAGCAGAAAUAUAUUAUAGAAUUGUAAAAAUCAUGGUAAUGUUCUUAUCAAUAGAGAUACAAUAACUAAAGAGAUAGAUUUAUUAAACCCAUUUGAGCAACAAUGUAUUUCAGGAACAAUUUUAAAUGUUUUUACAGAAGAACCAUUGCCAAAAGAAAGUAAAUUGUGGACAUUAACACAAGUAAUUACAUACAUACAUUAA